UCGUUGCGUGGGCGCAUUUGACGUCACUAGGACGAAGGACACCAUAACACAAGCGUCAGAAACAAAACACAGUUCAAACAGAAAAGGUUAAGCUGCAAUUAUAAAAAAUGAAAUUAACAUUGCGACGUUAUUCUUGGCUUUUGGUUUUUCAACUUGCCCUGUUGCUUGCGGAUUUGUUCUUCAAUGCCUUUGGCUCCUGGUUAGCGCGGGAUAAGCUCCAAACUGCAAUAUUCUUUUUCGUUGUUCAGGAUUCGUUUAUCAUCAUAGAGUAUCUGUUAUUUACGUUGUCGCUGCAUUCAACUUGUGUCUAUCAAGUGGGCGCCUCUCACAUUAUCUUGCGCAAUUGCAAACUAUUUCUAUUCAGCAUAACGAUCUAUUUUCUACUGUCCGCCUCGCAGCACUCCUGGAUUGUUUACCAGUAUCGAUUGUCUCCGUCGGAAUCGAGUCAACAAUGGCCUUUGGCCCUUUAUGCCUUGGCCGUAUUUCAGCGCUUGAUGUCAGUUUUGUAUUAUUACACUUCAAAGUCAACUGCGCUGAUCAUGGCUGAUCCACGCUAUAAGGAGGAGCAUCUUGAUUGGAUAGCCGAACAAUUGGGUGACAAAUAAAGCGAAAGGCUCAUUUAAUGGGAAUAAAUGUAUAUAUUAUUAUUAGCUAGGCAGAGUCCGUCUUUCAUAUAUAAAUUAAAAGCUCAAAAUACUGUUAUUAAAUGUACAUAAAUAUACAUACACAAAAAAAAUAUAAUUAAUGAUAUUUGUGAAUCAAAA